UUUGAUUAUUUAAAUAAAUUUAGAUCUUUUAAUAAAAUAAGAGUGUGCAUUUUGUUUGAAAACAUUUUUUAAAAAACAUUUAAGAUGCGAAAAAUUAUGAUGUGAUUCAAAAUUGUUUUAAUAUAAAAUCGCGAUGUGCAAUAAGUGGCAAUGAAAGGACUCAUAAUUAAAUUUAAAUACAAUUAGAUUUAAAUAAAAUCUGCAUAAGUUGUUAUUAUAUUAAUGAUUACAAUAGUACUAAAACAUGGGUGCUUGUUUGACGUUGGAAAGAGAAGAAGAAAUCGCAGCAAGACGACGAAGUAAUGAAAUCGACAAACAGUUGGAAAUUUUGGCGAAAGAACGACCAAAAAUUUUAAAAAUCUUAUUAUUGGGAGCUGGUGAAAGUGGUAAAAGUACCCUUGUUAAACAAAUGAAAAUAAUCCAUUCCGAUGGAUUCACACAAAGUGAAUUGUCAGCCUUUCGACCUACUGUACUUGAUAAUCUUCUUUCUUCAAUGAAAUUCGUUUUAACUGGAAUGGGUUUGCUACGAAUAAAUUUAGAGCAUGCCAUCAACAAAGGUUACGCUGAAAUCGUGUUAGCAAGUCCAAGUUGUUUUGAUAUGGAAUUUAGAAUUAUAGGAAAAGUUCGUAACGCAUUAAAGCUUUUAUGGAAGGAUCGUGGAAUUCGGUUGGCUGUAGCCCGUGGAUAUGAUUAUGAAUUGAAUGAUUCGGCUCUCUAUUUGUUUGAAAAUAUGGAUAGAAUUUUGGAAGAAAACUAUAUUCCUACGGCAACAGAUGUUUUAAGGGCAAGAGUAAGAACAAACGGAAUUAUUGAAACGAAUUUUCGAAUGAAUGAUGCUAUAAUAAGUAUGUAUGACGUUGGUGGUCAACGUUCUCAAAGAAAUAAAUGGGUAUACUGCUUUGAAGAUGUAAGAGCAGUACUUUUUGUAGUUGCUUUAAGCGGAUAUGAUAUGACCUUACUUGAAGAUUCAAGUGUUAAUCGGUUGGAGGAAAGUUUAAAUCUAUUUGAACAAAUUUUAAUUAAUCCUUUCUUCAAAAACGCAUCGUUUGUAUUAUUUUUGAAUAAAUUAGAUUUAUUUCGAGAAAAAAUUAUGUCAACAAAAAGGCAUUUAAGAAUAUUUUUUCCAGAAUACAAAGGACCAGAUAGAAACAUUGAUCAAGCAGCCCUCUUUAUACAAAAUAAAUUUUUAGGACGAAAUCACAAUUCAAGACGGAUUAUAUGCCCCCAUUUUACUACUGCAACAGAUACUGCAAAUAUACAAACAGUUUUCCAAGUAGUAAUGGAAACUGUAAUAAAAGAAAAUUUAGGAAACAUCACACUAUUGUAAGAUUAGAAUUAAAUAACUAUUAUAAGAGUUUAAUAUUAUUUUUUAUAAUACAAUUUAAAUCAUAUGCGCACUCGUUAAUUCAUGAAACGUAAUUAUUGUUUUGAAUUACGUCAUGAGACGUAAUUAUUGUUUGGAAACAGGCCCAAGCAAUUUUUUUAAGGCAGUUUAGAAGAUUUUUGAAUUAAUUUUGCUACCUUAGUGUAUAUGUAUAUAUAAUUUGACAUGGUCCUUAUAAGUAUUUGCAUUAAGCAAUUUAAUGGGACAAUUCCAAUUUAAUUAUAAUGUAAUAUUUAUAUAAAUAUUGAUUUAACUUUAUCU